ACCUCGUUUUCUCCGUCCGUACUGUAAGUUACGGAACCUCGUUUUCCCCCUUCGAUUUAUGGCCCAAGCGAUACUCGCGCGAUGGGGAAAAAAUCGGUCCAUAACUUACAGUACGGCCCGCGAACUCGGUUAAUAAGAUGUAUGCAUUCCCAGGAUAUUUUAUUCCCGGCAUUUUAUACAGUGACGUCAUAAGGGUGCUUUUGCUUUUUGCCUUUUAUUGCUCAGGAUUAGUUUAUUGAACUCUGUUUAAGACCAAAGUUUUAGUUUUGAAUUGUUUUGAAUUUUUUUGUUUGUUUAUUUGUGUGUUUGUAUGUAUGCCAUGUGAAAACAUAAUUUCUAAUAAAGUUUAUAAAUAUCCAAUGCCUUCGACAUGAUAUACACCAUACAAAAGCAUACAAUAAUUCUACCGAGUGUGACUGAAAGCUUUAACGUUACCUUAACCAGUUAAGAUUCCCCCUCCUCUGUCAGUUUUUCUUUUGCUCAGUUCUGGCGGUAGUAAGUAAUUAAGAAUUCCCGUUCUAAAAUAUUUGUUUGAUACGUGACAAGGUCCAAAGUAUUUCGCUGGUUUCGUGCUUCGCGCUCGUGGUCGCGCUCCGCGCUCGUGUAUCGCGCUUCGCUUUAGCGUUUCGCUCUCGCCUGUUCUGCAGGCUAGGUUUUCAGUUGCUGUUUGUGCAAGUGUCUUGACAUCUGAAUAGAGGGGGUAAGUUUCUAAAGAAACUAUGGUGCUGCUUCGAUGGGCAGUAUAACAAGAUAAUUUGGUUUUAUUAACUGGGUUGAUAAUGUGAAUUGGCCACCGUAAAGGGAUUCGAAAGCUCACGUCUCGAGCGUUAGCCCUUAGUCGGAGCGAAUCGUGACAUCUGCCUAGUGUUUGACCCCUAUAUUGUCAGGUUUUUCACACCUUUAAAUUACACAAAGUCGCAUUGGACAGAAUAUUCAAAUUUGGUUAGACAUUCAUAGAAAUUUUUAGCAGCUGAAUAAAAGAUACCCGGCGCGCUACCGGAUAGCUCGAGGGUUUUCGGCCGGAAAACUUUGAUAGCGCGUUGAACUUUAGGACACUUUCGUAAACAAAUACGACACGUGGAAUACCUUAAAAUAUACAAAGGCUUUCUACCAUUUGGAUUGGUUAUUGUCUACAUGAUUAAGGGAUACAUAAACAAAGAGUUUUAACAACGUAUUCGCCCAUCCGUGAAAUUGCUCUCCUCUCCCUCCCCUCCCACACCGGUCCAUUUGUGUAGAUUCGGGCUCAGUUUUCGCGCGGCCAACCUCAUUUGCACACGAGAUGCAAGCUUCCUUAGUGUUUUGAGUUUUGCUGUGGCGUUCGAUCGAAAAUUUGGCUUCUUUUUUACUGCUGCCGUUUGUUCUCCGUGAAACGAUCUUCUGAAGAAUUAACAUCUGCUUGGGAAGGAUCAGUCAUGGAGUUUAGUCAUGAUGACAAAUAUCUUGUCUGUGAUGAAUAUUGCAAGCAAUGUAUAUAUGGUGACUGUCCAGAUCAUGGACCGUUAGAAUGGGUUGCUGACUGCCUCACAGCCAGUGGAGCACCGCAGAAGAACCAAGCAAGAGCCACCCUCCCUAGCAAUCUGUAUCUCAUGCCAUCAGCAGUUGGACAAGACCAAAUGGGUGUCUUUGCCAGGGCAAGGAUUGAAAAAAGGGUCAUGUUUGGACCCUACAAAGGACAAACAGUUUCUGCAAAGCAUUUUGAUGUUGGAGAGGGGCACAACUAUAUGUAUAUGUGGGAUGUUUUGGAAGGUGGUAAAGUCAGUCGCAUAGUUGAUGGCUCAGAUGAACACAACAGCAAUUGGAUGAGGUUUGUGAACUGUGCACGUGACAACAAAGAACAGAACUUAGUUGCAGUACAGUUCCGUGGUGAGAUCUACUACAAGACAUGUGUCCCUGUGGAGGCUGGCAGUGAGCUGCUUGUUUGGUUUGAUGACAGUGUUUCCUGUGGUAGCUCAACCCAGAAAGACCAGCUCGGUAAGCUCUCUAUAGUAGCACGUGUAGGACAGGAUUCAGUCAUCAUAAUGUGCUUAACAUGUACCUGUCGUGAUCACAGAAUGUUUCUACUAUCCUAAAUGCACUUUCCUGUACGCUUCCAAUAUCUCCAAAGCAUUAUAGAGUUUAAAAGAUUUAGGUUCUACUGUUAGUCGUCCAGCUAAUUAGAGACGUUAGAGGAGUGUAUGAUGUGAUAUACAAUGAACUGAGCGGGGCAUGAAAUGUCAUUGUUAUACAUCCCAACUCAAAUACGUUUUCCGAUCGGAGGAGAACGUGUCACUAACUUCCAAGGGCAAACAAAAUCCACUAACACCCUAGGGAAACAACAUCUUGAACUGUGGACUCGCACGUGAUCAGGUCGUGCAUCUUGAAAACGCGGCAAAUUUGUAUGCCAGCUGGCGUCAAGUAAAUAAUUUUUUCCAGUUUUUUUUUUUUCUCUAUUUUUGAGUUGGGAGACAUAAAAAAACACUUUACGACCAGCCCUACGGGAAACAGUGGGUUUUGUUUCCUCUCGACCUCAAUGCUCCCCACAGCAUUAAGGGUCUUGGGAAAACAAAACUCGCUGUUUCCCUUGGGGCCAGUUUAGGUGUUUAUCGCACAUCUGUAUGUUACCGGUCAAAUUU